UAAGUCGAUGGGAAGUCUUGCAAAAUAUUCGGUUUCUUGAGGAACUUCAAAGUAAGGCUUGGAAAACAAUCUAGACUUCAGUACCAGUUUUUCAAUUUACCGUAUGUAACAAAACAAGUGUUUAUCUACACUUUUGGAUAGUGGGUUUAUUAUAUAAAUAGCACGGAAUAUAAAGGGGGAGAGGAGGUGAACGUGCAAAAUGCUUAACGCGGUUUGACCUUUAAUUACUGUUGUGGUGGAAGAGCGUCGUCUACAUUUGUGAAAGGUUUUUUUUACAGUAACGUAUAUAAUUUUUACUGGUUAUUACUCUGAACUGCACUAGUCUGAUUUACACUAAGUAAGAACAGUGACAGACCAUUGAUGGCCUUUCUAAGGAACCGCACUCCUGACGCUAAUCACUAGAGCCAAAAGUUUCGAUCACAUUCCCAUUGGAAAGUGAUAGACCAAGGAGGGAAAUGCGGGCACAGAGUCUCGGAUAGAAUCAUCGGGGGGAAGGAAGCUGCGUUGGGACAAUACCCCUGGAUGGCGCGUCUUGGAUACGCAACACACGAAGAAGGUGACGUAGUGAGCAUAUACGAAUGUGGAGGAGCAAUAAUAAGUCCACGAUACGUCCUCACUGCUGCUCACUGUACCACGGACCACAUGAGAAAAUACUUAUUAGAAGUUCGUGUAGGAGAGCACAAUACCGAGACUGACCCGGAUUGUGUAGGAAAGACGUGCGCCCCCCCAGUACAGGAUAUCGGCAUAGAGGAAGAAAGCUGCCAUCUGGACUACCUGGGGCACGAGGAGUUUUCUGACGACAUAUGCCUCCUCCGACUAAAAGAAUCAAUUGUUUUUAAUGAUUUUGUGCAACCAAUUUGCCUUCCGGUCUUUGACAAUAUAAUAAAGCACAAUUUUGAAGGAGAACAUAUGGAAGUGGCAGGGUGGGGACACUUCAGCAUGGGAACUGAGAGUAUCUUCGGCAGUAAUAAACUACUCGCGGUGUCAGUACCUGUCCAGUCUAACGUGUUUUGUCGCGAGAAACACAGAGGACAGACAGAGAUCUUCUCCACGCAGAUGUGUGCAGGAGGUGAGCCGGGGAAGGACUCUUGCAGCGGGGACUCUGGGGGUCCACUCAUGAAGCCCUUCUCCAUCAACAACUCCACGAGGUAUUUCCUCAUCGGCAUCGUCUCCGUUGGGCCCAAGAAAUGUGGUAUGGACCCGACGCCUGGCAUUUAUACAUCAGUCGCCAAAUACAUCACAUGGAUCCUUGAUAAUGUAUACGAAUAAUGUUUUAAAUCCAUUUAUUAAUACAAAAUCCAUUAUUAAAUCCUUUUUCAAAAACGUAA